AUGUAUUACUUUCUGAGCAACUUGAGCUUCUUGGACAUCUGCUACACAUCCACCACCAUUCCAGUUAUGCUAAUGAACUUCUUUCGGGAGAAGAAGACCAUCUCCUAUGACAGCUGCCUUUCCCAGGUCUUUUUCCUCGUAACAUGUGCUGGUGCUGAAUGUGUCUUACUGGCAGCUAUGGCUUAUGAUCGCUAUGUAGCCAUCUGCCACCCUCUUCAAUAUCCUGUCCUCAUGAGUGUAAAGGUCUGUGUUUUUUUGGUGACUGGGUCCUGGCUAUGUGGGCUGGUGAAUUCUAUGACACACACAGUGCUGGCAGCCACACUCACUCUGUGUGGACCCAACCAGAUCAGUCACUUUCUCUGUGACAUCCCAUUCCUCCUAAAGCUGUCCUGCUCUGACACCUCUCUCAAUGAGUUUGUGCUCCAUGUGGCCAGUGCUACCAUUGGCCUGAGUCCCAGCCUGUUUACUGCUGUGUCCUACAUACUCAUCAUCUCUGCCAUCCUUAGGAUUCCCUCUGCUCAGGGCAGGAGCAAGGCCUUUUCUACCUGUGCAUCCCACCUCACUGUGGUGGUGGUUUUUUAUGGAACAGCCAACUUCAACUAUGACAGACCCAGAGAAGGCUACUCCCUAGACAUGGACAUCCUAGUCUCUGUACUGUUCUGUGUUAUGACCCCCAUGUUAAACCCCAUUAUCUACAGCUUGAGAAACAAGGAGGUCAAAUGUGCCCUGAGGAAGCUAGUUGGAGGGUAUGUGUUCCUGGGCAAUAUUUUGUCUAGAGGUCAAUUGUCUUCAAACUAG